AUGUCGCAGUGGCCAUCUCGAUCUCAUAAGAAAAGAGGUCCUCUGCUACAGGAUGAUAUUCUGAUCGAGGCUCGCGGUCAGAUGGAAGCAAAUCAUCGCGCAGGAAUCUAUGAGCGCUCAGUAUUUCGGCCGUUCACACCAUGUCCUUAUCCUCCCAAUACUUGCCCUGGCUGUAAUUUCAAGGAUAUAGAGGACCUGAGCGUUUACCAGGCCGAGGAUUGCUGUAACAAGAGCGUACCGAUAUACAUCUUUCCGCGUCAGACGCCCAUCUUUCCAGGUCAGACGCGAAUGCAUUUCUUUCUUUGCAAAGUCUUACAGAACUGGCUCUAUCACAAAUGGUAUCGGCUAUACCAAAGCGAUAUCGAGUAUGGACAAUUUGUGGCAAAGUUCUUUAUCCCUUGCUCCCCCCCUCUUGAUGGAUCAACAACCUCACUGGUGAGCCUGAUCAACGAUCUCAAUGCUAGAAUUUGCAGCAAGGUGGCAUCUAUCCAAGACCAUGUCCAGGCCUGUCCUGUCGAACCGAGACACUGUUACGAACAAACAUUUAGGGAUCAGCGGUUCUACAUCUUGCAGCCACUCUUCAGAGCGAUGACUAUUAUUCUCUUAGCAGAGGAAUACGAUGUUCGAAUGGUCGAUAUUGGAAAAAUGCCUGCCCUUCUUACCAUUACAGGCGAAGAAUGCGGAUUGAGUCAGCCACUAUCUUUUGAUUCUAUCAAGAAUGCAAUAGACAAGGUUAUUUCCGAAACAACGGUCCGAGUACGUCUGAGCGUUGCGAUCGAAUUCGUUCAGGCUCAGCAAGAGCGAGAAGUCACACUCUUUGGCCCGCAGCCCGACCCUGUCGAGUCAACGAAAGACAUGGAAAGCGCUCCAUGUAGCAUGAUUCCGUACAUAAGAGAAUUCGCAAAGCAGCUGGGAUGGGCUGGGGAACCUCUCCAGGGCCCAAGUUCGACGUGGGUUGAUCCUGGGAUUCACACAGAAUGGCUCGGAGACGGUGCAAAGGCAGAUGAGUGGUAUAGGGGGAUGGAGAGUGAUGGCAGAUGGAAUAUUCUUCUUGAGAAUUCUGGGCUAAAACAUAACUUCCGCCGACUUCAACGUCGAAAUAGCAUAUCUUAG